AUGAAGAAGGCAUUGGCCAAGUUAUGGGAUAUGUAUGAGGAGAGUAAGGCAGCUAGGACUAAUGACAAUCUUCAGAGUUCCUUUACAAUUCACAACCUGACAGAAGAGAAGAAGAAACUACAGGAUAACUAUGAGAAGUUUGUUGCUGAUGUGAAUGUUCUCCUGGAUGCCCUGGAGCAGAGGGAUGUGGAGUUAAGCUAUCAGCAGGAGCAAAAGCACAAUGUAUGUGUGAAGAUUGUUGAGCUAGACAAUUCAGUGGGUAACUUGAAGGCAGAGUUAUCAAAGAAAGAGGGGGAGAAUGAUAAGCUACAAGAAAAGUAUGACACUCUUAAGCACCUCAUAGGUGCUCAAGCCAAUGUGAUUAUGAACCUAAAGUUCAAUCAUUUGAAGGAGAAGGAAAGGCUGACAGAAGAGAGGCAUAAAUUGCAGUAUCACAUUUUUGAGCUUCAAAAGUAUGAGCAAAAGAUAAAGUUGAAGCUUCAGGGGGUGAAGGUCAUCUUAGAUGAUUAG